AGAAUUACAUAUCUUCCCUAUUGAAUUAAUUAGUACUAUAUUGUGAACCAAGUUUUCCAUCAAGGACUAGCCAAAAUGAGACAAAAGGUGAUUAUCAAAUUAUUCAUUGAUAGGAAUAAUCGGAAAUCUCGGACCAAGGCCAUCAAAAUUGCUGUUUCUCAAUCAGGGGUGGAAUCAGCAACUAUAAAGGAAGGUGAAAAUUUCGAUUUGGAAGUAGUGGGAGAGCAUAUUGACGCAGUUGUUCUUACAAACUGUCUCAGGAAGAAAUUGGGCCACGCCCAUCUGAUGAGCGUUGCCCCUGUUGUCGUUGCUGCUACUGACAGGAACAACGAUGUCAACGACGGAAGCACAGAUUCCGACGCAAAUCCGCAACCCCAUGGUUAUCCAUAUUUUGCAUCGUUUCAAAUUCUGCACAAUAUAUACAUUUAAUAUCCUAAUUUUAUUGGUGUGUGCUUAAUAUAUAUGUAUUAGGGGUGGAAUCAGCAACUAUAAAGGAAGGUGAAAAUUUCGAUUUGGAAGUAGUGGGAGAGCAUAUUGACGCAGUUGUUCUUACAAACUGUCUCAGGAAGAAAUUGGGCCACGCCCAUCUGAUGAGCGUUGCCCCUGUUGUCGUUGCUGCUACUGACAGGAACAACGAUGUCAACGACGGAAGCACAGAUUCCGACGCAAAUCCGCAACCCCAUGGUUAUCCAUAUUUUGGCGCACCUCAAUACCAAGUUUACGAAGUUAGAGACCCGGACCAGGAAUGUUGCUCCAUUAUGUGAAAUGUCAUUUACGUACUUUGGUUAUAUUGCAUUAAACCGGUUUGUAUAUCGUAGCUAUAUAUUGUGUAGAUCGAUGAUCGCCUGUUUUGAUUUUCAAUUUUUAAGCACCGCGUUGGACAUGUGAUGUGAAAUCAUAUAAAGUUGAAGUUUUGUUUGCACGUGCAAUUUGAAUUUCAUAAGUUGUAUUCCCUUUGUCCCAAUUUUACGU